ACUUCCGUGAAGUGCAGCAAGAAGCAAUCAUUGGGACUAGUCUUGUUCAGGAGUUCAUGCAGCAAGUGAACAACCAAACAUACCUCAUUGUCCUGGAAGAUGUGUCCACCAUGGUAGAGUGGGAAGCCAUUCGAAAGCACCUUCCAGACAGGGGAAAUGGGAGUCGUAUUGUUGUGUCUACACAGCAGUUUGAGAUCGCAAGCUUCUGCACAAGACUUCCAUACUUCCAGCGGUUCUCAGCUGAUCAGUCAUUUUGUUUCUUUUUUAAGGAGGGUCCUCAAUCUGAUGGAGGCAAGAACAAGGCAACUGAUAGGGGAAUUGUAAUGGUCCCUUCCCCUCUGAUGGGACGCAUUCCAGAAAUUGACGAACUUCCUAAGUAUCCAGCUUUGGCACGUGUGAACGCUUUGCAUGUGAAUAUGUGAUGUCCGUGUGGGGGGUAGCUGGUGCUGGGAAGUCUGCUCUUGUUAGAAAUCUGUACCACAAAAAGGUGCAUAUGCUUCAGAAUAGUGAGUUUGAUAAGCAUGGUUGGGUGGAUGUGUCCUAUCCAUUCAAUUUAAGGGUUUUCUGUCUCAGCUUACUUUUGCAAUUCCAUUCACAUUCUGUCAAAGCAAACGAAGCUAUAUACUGCAGCACGAGAGGAAUCAGAGACCCCAUCGAAGAGUGUCACAACCUUCUAAAAGAUCACCGGUGCCUUGUUGUUAUUGACAAUCUUAAGUCCACAGAAGAAUGGGACUUGAUACAAGCUGCCUUGGUAUCAAGACGCUCUCAAAGCAUUAUUAUUGUAAUUACCAAUGAGCUCAGAAACACGGAUACCCUUGCCUUACACUGCGCAGACAGAAAGGAGCUCGUGUUUAAUGUCAAAGGUCUGGAAAUUGGGGCAGCCAUCGAGCUCUUCAAGAAGGAGGUGUGUUUAAACAGAUUUAAGUUCCACUUCUAUAGUUCAUCAUUUAAUAUAAUUUGCAUAAUGCAUCUUGUUACAAACAUAGGUCUCUCAUGGGUGCAUGAUUAGGAUUUAUUUCUUCCUAUGUGUUUCAACUGCCACAAGUCACAACCCAUCACUGUUCCUGUAGGAAGUGAGCUUAGCUCAACUGGUUAGGGAUGGAAGUGUGGUUGUACCUCCUAACCACCGAUGUUCAGAGUUCGCUUCAACUUGAAUUUGGAUGCCUAUUUUUCCUUCCUAGUGAAAAACCACAUUGUUACUCCUA